AUGAAUAGCCUAUUCGAUGAACUCUUGCAAGAAAUCUUCCUAAAACUUCCAUCUUCUUCUUCCUCUUCAAUCUCCCUUGUUUCAAAGCGAUGGCUUCAUCUCUACCGUUCAUCUAAACUCACCCUUUCCCUUCGUUUCAACAACCCUCAUCAUCACUUCUUCUCUUUCAUCUCUCUCCUCAAUCAACACUCUUCUCUCUCUUCUCUCUCUCUCAUCCUUCUUUCAUCUUCCACCACCCCAACAACAUCCCUUCUUCUCUCUGCUAUUUCCUCUUGUUCUUCUUCCUCCAAGCUUGUCUCUCUCAAUUUCUUGCCUGCUCCUGUUCCUCUCUCUUCCAUCGUUACUCUCUCAAACUCUUGUACCCGAUUGACCUCCCUUUCUAUUACCCUUUCAACACCUAUUUUCCUCAAUUGGGUUUUGUGUUUUCCUUGUUUAAAACAAUUGUCAAUUGUUUUCUCUUAUGACGACCAUCAUGAUGAUGCCUGUUGUUCUGAGGAGGGUAUUCAACAAAUUGAGCUUAAAACUUGUAGGACUGUGGUUGAUGGAAUUCUCUUGGAAAUUGCACAACAUUGUAGCUCAUUGGAAUCACUUUUGGUUCAUGAUGGUGGUAGCAGACAGGCUUUGCUACAUUUCUUUUCUAGUUGCACCUCUAAUUAUUUGCAUAAACUUGAUUUUCGUUUGCCUAUGGACCUUCAAAACAAUCAUUUUUUUGUUAUGGCUAUCAAUUUCAGAGGCCUUUCGUGUCUUAGGCUUCAAAGUUGUUGUCUUGUAACUGGGGAAGGGCUUAAGGCUCUUGGUAUGGCACUGAGUAAUGGUCUUGAAGAACUGGCACUCAUAAACUGUCAUGUGGUUGAAAGGGAGAAAGGAUUGCUUGCAACUUUGGGUCAACAUUUUAGGCAAUUGAGGAAACUAGAUUUGUCUCAUAAUGAAAUGUUGUUUGAUAAGGAUUUCAUUUCGAUGUUGGUUUCUUGCAUUCAUUUGAUUGAUUUGAAGUCGGAUGCUAUUGAACUAUUUGUCAAGAAUUGUUCCAGUUUGAAAAGAUUGGAGGUUGAGGGAUGUAAGCUCUCUGAUGCUGCACAAAUCUGGGCAUCGGAUAAAUUUAUUGAAAUUGUAUAA